GUAACCCUACAACCUGUUCUUAUUGCGCAUCUCGUUGGCAACGGUACCACAAAGUCUCGACUCAUCCAGAUAAAUCCUUCUACUAAACUGAUCGACAGUGUUAAUGCACAUUUGAAUGGUGCAGCAAAAAGAAAUUUGUGGACUGAUGAUCCAUCCAAUCCCUUUGGUUUAUUAUCGUUUUUGCCAACGUUGACGCGCGUAAUGCAUAGAUCCACGAUAGAAUUGCUUGACAACAAAAACCUUCUACAACAACUCGAAUCAGAGAAGUUCGAUGUCGCUAUAACUGAACUUUUCGAAUUCAUUGGUUUUGGAGUUUUGGAAGCAAUCAAUGUCAAGAAUAUCGUUGGAGUGCACACUAUUGGAUCUUUGAUGGAACGCACGUCUGUAGCAAUAGGCCAGCCACUACUCCCUAGUUUCGUGCCAGCAUCUUUCGGAAUCACAGGGGACUGUAUUGAUGUUUGGACAAGAGCGCAAAACCUUCUAUUUACAAUCGUUUCCUGGAAAUGGCAGUCUGACAUCGCAAGCGUAGUGGAGGAGGCAAUGAGAGAGAAGCUGGGACCAACCGCAACGCCUAUAUGGGAUACCGUGUCGAAUAUAUCGUGGUUUCUCGUCAAUUCGGAGCCAUUUUUGGAUUUUGACAGACCCACGUUGCAUAAAAUUGUUCAUAUUGGCGGGCUAGGAGUACGUGAGCCAAAGCCUUUGAACGAGGUACUACUGAACUCCGUUUUUAAGUUUUCUGCUGAAUGCGAAAACAUUGAAUUAAGCAAUGGAAUCAAACCACGAAACGUUCUGCUCUCUUUUGGUACUGUAGCGCCAACCAGGACCAUGCCAGCGGAGAUCAAGAAGACUAUCGUAGACGUAGUGAAGUCCUACCCCGACAUCACCUUCAUUUGGAGAUACGAGCAAUUGGACGAUCCACUUGUGGCAGGUGUGGAAAACGUUGUCGUUUCUAAAUGGAUUCCGCAGACCGAUUUAUUAGCUGAUGAGCGGUUGACGCUUUUUGUCACUCACGGCGGCGCUGGCAGUAUGAUGGAGAGCGCAACAUUUGGAAAACCGCUCGUUGUAGUUCCGCUGUUCGGCGAUCAGAUAAGAAAUGCGAAGCUGAUCGAGAAAUUUGGUUUUGGUGUCGUUGUUGAAAAAAGUCAACUUCUUCAUGGUAACGUGCUCAAUGAAUCGCUCAACAUAGUUCUUAACGAUCCUAGGUAUCGAUCAGCUGCGCAUCGUAUGAGAAGCCUUUUAUCGCAGCGUCAAUUUACCCCGCAACAAAAGCUCGUGAGAACAGUGGAGCUGGCCGCGCAGUUUGGUGAUCUACCCGAAUUCAAAGUGACUGGCAGAAAUCUAGGAUUCGUUAUAUAUUACAAUCUUGAUUUAAUAGUGAUGAUGUGCGGAAUUGUUGUACUUAUCGUGAUUCUUUUCAUCUACCUCUCUCACUCACUGCUUCGGCUGUGUCUUCCAAGUGCGAAA